AUAAAUGUAGGCGAAAGUCGAAACUCAAGAACCAAUUAAAUAAAUAAGUUUUGUAAAAUAAAUACUAACUAAUAAUCUAUACAAAAAUCAACUUAUAAUACUGCUUUUAAUAUUUCAUCAAUAUUAUAACCAUAGCGUGUGAUGUGUAUGUCAUAUAAAUUAGCAUUUAUGUAGUGAAUUAGGAAUAUGUUUAUUGCCUGCUUCGUAAACAAAAUCUAGUUUAGAUAGAUCGCCUUCAAUUUCUUGUCUCAGUUUACAGUCUUUAUUCCUAUUUGAAUAAUGGGUGAACCAGAGACGGGAUAUGGAUCAGCUCUUACGCUAGAUUCUAUGAAAGUUAUCGCCGAAAGUAUUGGUGUUGCAAAUCUUGGUGAAGAUGCCGCAAAAGAGUUAGCUGACGAUGUUACAUUUAGAUUAAAAGUGAUUGUUCAAGACGCUAUGAAGUUCAUGAACCAUUCUAAACGACAAAAACUUUCCAUAACCGAUAUUGACCAUAGCCUAAAAAUUAAAAAUGUUGAGCCCCAGUAUGGCUUUAUUCAACCCGAUUUUCUACCAUUUCGAUAUGCCUCAGGAGGUGGGAGAGAACUUCACUUCAUUGAAGAAAAAGAAAUUGAUCUAUCAGAAAUCCUGUCAGCACCACCUCCAAAAAUUCCUCUAGAUGUAUCCCUUAGAGCUCAUUGGCUAAGUGUUGAUGGUGUUCAACCAACAGUUCCAGAAAAUCCACCACCAUUGUCAAAAGAGGCUCAAAAGUUGGAGUCUGUUGAUCCUAUUACAAAAUUAAGCAAACCUGCUAACAAAGAUUCUGCAGGAAAACCAGCUUGUGGUAAAGCAGCAAGGUUGAAGGCAUCAGAGUCUGUCCAUGUAAAGCAGCUAGCAACACAUGAGUUGAGUGUUGAACAACAAUUGUAUUAUAAGGAGAUAACGGAGGCUUGUGUUGGUAGUGAUGAAGGACGGAGAGCAGAAGCCCUUCAAUCAUUAGCGUGUGACCCAGGCCUUCACGAAAUGCUACCACGGAUGUGUACAUUUAUAUCUGAGGGUGUGAAAGUUAAUGUUGUUCAAAAUAAUCUCGCGUUGCUCAUUUAUUUGAUGAGAAUGGUAAAGGCGUUGCUCGACAAUCAGUCUUUGUAUCUGGAGAAAUAUCUUCAUGAGCUUAUACCGUCAGUGUCGACGUGUAUAGUAUCCAGACAGUUAUGUUUGAGACCUGAGGUGGAUAACCACUGGGCUCUCAGGGAUUUCGCCGCGCGCCUCAUGGCACAAAUUUGCAAAACAUUCAACACUUCGACGAAUAACUUACAAACAAGGGUUACAAGAUUAUUCUCAAGGGCAUUACAGUGCCCGUCACAAACGAACAGCGAGUCUGGGCCAUCUAUGGUGACGACUAUGAAGGAGUCGGAGAAAACGCCGCUUGCUUCACUCUACGGCGCCGUUCAGGGGCUGGCUGAACUGGGCCCGGAAGUUGUAAAGGUUUUCAUAUUACCCCGAGUUCGUUGGUUGGGCGAGCGUGUGGAAGGAGCUUUGAGUGGUAUAGGCGGCGCUGACCGCCUCGCUGCGGGCAAUCUUAAACAUCAACUGCUCAAAGUCCUGGCACCAGUUGUAAGGCAGCUACGCCAGCCACCAGACCUGCCCGACGAUUACAAACGCGAAUAUGGCUACCUAGGGCCCAGUCUCCAGCAAAUGGUUAGUAAGCUGCGUUUGUCGCCAUCUACGACCGGCGGCGGCGGCGCCGUGGCAGUGGUCACUUGUACGCCGCCGUUGGUGCCUUCGACAUCGUUGCCGUCGCCAUCACCUCAACAUCAGAUGCUCACCAAAUCUGUUGAUUCGGGAACUCGAAGUAUAAUUAAUGCACCACAAUCGCCGGCUCCGUCCACACCACCGCCCCAGAAGUUUGUCAUCGUCUCCCAGCAGAAACCUCAGACGCAGCAAGCGAGCGGUGCCUCUCACAUUGUAGUCCACAGCUCUCAACCAACUAUAGUUCGAAGCCAAAAUGUUCAGUCGAUGGUGGUGACAAGUGGUCCAGCCAGCCAGCAGCCCCAAAAAGUGGUAGUCGUGGGGAUGCAGCCACAACAAACCCAGGGGGGAGUCAGCCAGGCGCCAGUGUCAGUGGUAGCCAAGCCGGUGUUCGCCAGGGCCCCAGGGGCCCCGCAGCCGCCACCGGAGUUAGAUGACCUGUCACAUCUCGCUUGACAGCCGCGAGUCGUCACGAUCAUCAAACAGUUUAAGAAAAAUAACUAAUAUAUUUACAUUUAGUAAGAAAAUUCAACCUAGUGCUGUUGGCUUAAGGUCGUAUUUCAAAUGUCAUCGCAAUGCACACAGUUUUGUAAAGGUUCAAAAUGAAACUGGUAUGGCAUAGAUAAUAAACGAAGAGAGAUUGAGUUUUAUUUCUAGGGCCCCACUUAUCCUUGAGAAAUGAUGGAAUUUGUUGACUAUAAGACGAGGUUUCUACUAACUGCGUAUGACUGUCAAAAACGUAUUCGAUAUGGACGGUUGUUGGACUAAAUCUUAAGUCUAAAAGCUUUUUAGAGUAUAUUUGGAGUGACAAUCUGGACUACCAUUAGAAAAUAUAAUUUUAAGUGUUUUUAAAUAAUAAAAAAAUGUGAAGGUUAGGCAUAAGGAUUUAAUUGUAAUAUAGUCAUUGCGAUUUGUUUAACUUUUCCAAAACUGUCAAAUAUAAAUUUAUAACUAAACUGAGUUGAGUGAUUUAAACCCCUUUAAGUUGACCAUACUAUAAUAUUAUUGUCUAUUUUGACGCAUAUUAACUCAUCAUGUGUCAAUUGUCAAGUUUAAUUGUUAUAAUUUGAUUAACAUGUCAACUUGUCAAACUUGUAUCUGAAAUGUCAACGCCUU